AUGACUGUUAUUAGCAAUUCGGAAUGUACAACCAGAUGGGCAUUUGUCAGUGGAUCUACAAUCAAUAGUGGACACAUUUGUAUCCACGAAACUGGUAAAUCCGCAUGCAGGGGUGAUAGCGGUGGUCCAAUGACAUGCUUCUCUGGAAAUACUCCAUAUCUCGCUGGAUCAAAAUCUUGGGGAAUUAGCACAUGCUCUGGAAGCUUUCCCAGCGUCUACGCCAGACUGACAUCGUUCAGGUGCGAUGCAAAAGUAGGAUGUAUUAUGAUGACAGUAACAACAACAGACACCGGAAAUAAAGAAUAUAGCUUCACAACACAGAAUGGUACUACCACUUAUCUGUUCCAAGACACGGCUUCAAACAGAGAAGGACCUUCAAACAUGGAAUUGAUUGUAUACACACUCUGCGUUAUUGGAUUUCUGAUAAUUAUUGGAUUAAGUCAUUUUAUUCGUUCAUAUCGAAAACGAUCUUCAAUUAAAAUACCAAGACAAAAUGGAGGAGAAGAUAUAGAAAUAAGACAAGAGAUAGCUGAACCACCAUACAUUGAAAUAUACGAUGAAAUUGACGAGCACUUAAUAGCAGAGGUCAACAAGGAGACUGCAGUAACACCACAAUUAAGGAAUAUCAAUGCAGCUGUAUCAAAGACUUGUUCUGAUAAAUCAACAAGUAGUCACGAUGAUGCCUCAAGUUAUCUUGAUCCAUAUUUUGCAGAGGAAGAAACGGAAAACCCAAGCACAUUGAAGGAAUCAAGUUCUAGUGAUUCAUCGAACUUUGAUCCUAUUAUUAUCGAUCAUACAGCAUAUCUCAAUCCCUACCAACCUCUUCGUGAAAGACAACAAAUAUCAGAUGGCUAUGAAGUUACGGUUCAUGUUCAUAAACAUUCCGAGAGUUCAUCUGGAUCCGAGUCGUCAGAAGAUAUGAGUUCUAGUUAUAAAUAUUCUCACGUUUAUCAACAACUGCAAAAAGAUCGAAGUACUCAUAAUCACGAAUAUGAGAAAGCAACAACAACGUCGAAUGAAAUGAAUAUUAAUUUGAAAAAUAAAAUACAUGACUGUAGAAAUAAAAACAGUACGGACAUAGAAUCUAUCGAGUUGCUAAAUAGGAAGAAAACCGAUAGAAUAGAUAAUGAAAAAGGGCAGCUUCAUUCACAUUUAUUCUUUGGACAAACAAUAGGGGAUGCUUGUCAUGGAGUAUCAAAGAAGUUACUCAAUGAAGACAACGAUUGCAUUGACUCCACUGAUAAAUCAUAUAACACAGAUAAACACCAAAGGGUGUAUUCCUGGGACUGCGACGAAGACCAUGAACACGUUCAACGUUUCGAUAUUUCGACAGAUUAUUUAGAUAUGAACAAUUCUACAAAUACAGAAGAAAUAUAA